AAGUAUGGCAGCAUUUUAUUAAACAGCUGUUGACUAAAGUAAACAAAAAUAAACAAGAUACGAUAUUUUAGCAAAAUUUAUUUAAUUUAAACAAAUAGCCACGCACUAAGACAUAGCUAUGAAAGUAUACGCAUCCACUUAUCUGGAAGAACUGAAACAAAAAUGGUUGUUUCUGCAAAACGCUGGCAAUGUAUUUGAAUACAAUUUAAAUGUUACGAAGUCCAAGUAUUUGCCGGAAAAUAAAAUAAUGUAUAUGGAGUAUAAUCCGCAACGUACACGUCUCAGAAGAUUUCCUCACACAAUCGAAAGCUUGAAACCUGCAUUUAAUGAGAAACUCUUUAAUUUCAAAAAGAUUAAACCUACCGAGCUGCUUAUGAGUAUAAAAUUUGAAGAAACCAAUAUUUCAAUGAUAAUAAAUAAAAGUCCAUUAACGCUAUAUCAUACAUUAAUAUGCCCCGAUGUGUCCGCUGGAUUAUCGCAGUGUUUGACUUUACCUGCUGUAAAGUUUUGCAUAUCAUUUCUACUAAAUAUUGAGGAUAAGGAGAAAUCAUUUCGUAUUGGCUAUAACAGUCCCGGCGCUUUGGCGUCUGUUAACCAUUUACAUUUACACCUCCUAUAUCUGACUACUGAUCUUUAUAUUGAUAAAGUGGAUAUGGUACUCUUAAAGGGUACAAAUAUUUAUCGCUUAAGUGAUAAAAUGCCAACAGAGGCGAUUUGCUUUACAUUUAACAAAUCUAUGAACGAAGAUGCUUUAAAUUUACAAUUGCAAGAACUGUUUGAUUUCAUUGUAUGGUUAUGUGAUCAUGACAUUCCCCACAACUUAUUCUUAACUCCUUAUCGAAGUGGUGAGUCAGUAAAAGCUUUGAAAGCAUUUGUGUUUUGCCGCCGAAAUUUUUGCUACGUCAAAACUUUAAAUACAUACAAUAUUGGGUUUUGUGAGUUGGCCGGUUACGUGACUAUCGGAGAAGAAGAAUUAUAUGAAAAUGUCACAGAACAAGAUGUAAUAGCGAAAAUUCGAAAAGAAACUGGAGAUGUGUAUAAUGAAGUUUAUGAGUAUUUCACGAAAUCAAAUGAUAUUGUUGUUUGGAGCUCUCACGGUGCAUAUGGCAACUCUAUUUCUGUUAUCGGUUUAGAACAGACAAUUUAUAUACCACGUUACCCCCAUGGAUUUCUAUAUUUCAAAUAUUCAAACAAUACAACCAUCAUAGCGAUGGCAAAAUAUACCUUACGAAAGACAUAGCAAAACAGCGAAUGAGUUAGAGCGCCAGAGGAGAAAAGGGGAUGCUCACUUUUUUAUAAUUUUUUAAUAAUAUUGACAGAGAGCAGGCUGAAAAAGGAGAGGAUGUUUUACAGAGAACCCACAGCCAAGCAGCGAGUCAAAACAAAGUGACGACAAAGGCGAAGAGCCAACAAAGGCAGAGUGCCGAAUAGCCCGGUAUGGCAAUAGACACCAAAAACAUUGAGUUUUCCCCCCCUGCCCUCCUUGCCGACAACGCACUUAUACACACACUAAACAUGUGUUCCAUGUGAUGGUAACAAUUCGAAAAAGCAAUAAAAGCACACAAAAUACUCCCAACUGAGCUGAGCGUUUCUAUUCUAUGUGAGCAAGAUGAGUACCAACCGAACACAUUGCGCUGGAGCGACACAUUACAGAGUUGACUGAGGUACACUCGUUGGGCUUGCAAUUGGCGCUACGACUGAGCACUGUUAGUAUUUGCUCCUCAGUUGAGUAACGGAAGGCCGUUGUGACGUUUGUGCGCGGUAUUUAAGGGUUAAAAGAAAAAUUUAAAUAAAUUUCUAUUUGAGCAACACCCCUUUGCGGCCGGCGAGUUCGAUGAGCGUGUGUGUGUGGUGGUGGUGGUGGUCUGGCACAAAGUCGAAGUCGAAAUUAUUGCCGUCGCCGUCAUAAUCAUAGCACGUUUUUCCUUUACUGGCUGUGUUGCAUACAUAUUCAUGUCUCUUUGUACAUACAUAUAAGCACAUGCUACGGAUUAAUGUAGAAAUCGUCAAAUGUGAAUCAUAGAUAUUUAUGUACUUCGUUUGUAUGUAUUUAAAAACCUAGCUAUGUUUGGUCUAUAAAAUGGACAGACAAAAUACCGCACAUACAGUACUGUAAAACGACAACAAAACAACGUGUAAAAUCAACGAAUUUCGCUUUGCUGUCUCCAUUUAUUUUUUUUUUAGGAGAGUGUGUAGACUUACCUACCCAAAUAUCAAAUUAUUGUAAGCGGCGAUAGACGACGCACACGGACAGCGACCAAACUGGCAUAUGGGUAGAUGGGUAGACGGACGGACGAACGAACGUGCUUCGCUUCGUAAGCUGGUGCUAACGUUUAACGUAGCUUGGUUCCUUGACUGCUUGCUCGCCUGACUGCCUGACUGCCUGCCUGUUACGCGUAAUCACCAUACGAAGGAAGUGGAAACCGAUUGUGAAAAAAGAGACGUAGAGCCGGAGGCAGAAGAAAACUCGUCGUAGCCAUCGCCGUCGCCUUCGACGCUUUAUUCGUCUGUGUGUGUAAAUGAAUGAAUGAGUCUGAGUAUAUGUGCGUAAAAUCAAAAUCCUCAAAAACUGUCGCUGGCUGCCUACUGCUUACUACUUGCUACAUACGAGUAUGUACAUACAUACAUAUUUCCUUCAGCAUAUCCAGACAAAUUCACAUUCAGUUUGAGAUCUCUGCGGUGCGUUGCGUGACGGCAGCGAUAGUUUAACGUUGUUGCAAUACGGUUUUGAUUGUGUUUUACGAACUCGAUGGAGGUCGAUUGAAAUCGUUAUUCGCCAUUCGAUAUAGGCCGAUUCAAUGUGCCGUACGAUUAACAAGAACAAAAAAAUAAUAAAUACAAACUACAAAAUUAUUGGUGAAAACUUGUGGUGGCUUUCUGGCUGGCUGGCUUUACUAGUUGUGUCGUGGUGCGGUAUUGCAGGUCGGCCGUAAUACGCAGGUAAAACGGAUACGGGAAUUAAGAAAGACAACAAUAACAACAGCGUGCAACUAAAGAGCAUAGAUAAUUAUUUAGGUACAUAUGUGUGUAUAUACAUAUACAUACAUAUAUGUAUGUGCAUAUAUGUAAAGUGUAUAAAGUAUGCAAGGCACUACCUAAGCAAACCGAAGAAAGUUGCAACAUUGAGUUGAAUAUGAGAUAAGCAUCUACUUAGCAACACACACUAGAAUAGAUACUAAUGCCUUCAGCUACAGUUGAAGGCCUUAUUGAACCUCGACCAGAAAGCCGUUAUGCCAAAAUAAGUGGCAGCUGAAAUUUUUUUGGCGUAAAUAUUUUAAGAAACAAAGAAAAAUACGGAUGUGUAAAAAAUUUUGGUUAACUCGCAGACUAAAGCAAAACCAAAUGGAAAACUAGAAAAA